CGAUGGCCGCUCGUUUAACAUUAUUUUGUUGUAGGACAUAAACAAAUAUUUCGUGAAAUAUUACGCUUUGUAUGGUAACUACACAGCACCGGGAAAGUAUCGACAUUGUUAUAACUGAGCUAUUGUGCCCACUGGCAAAAACGGAGUUAUCUUUUCAGUUUGGUACUCAGUGUUUUUCCCUGUUCGUCCUAGGCCUAGCUUCACUUGAGCAGCGGGUUGGUAGUUUCGGAUGAAACGGGCAAUCGGUUUGAAAGAGGCAGGUUCGGUUAGGCGAGUGAAUGACGUUUAGCAAGCUAACUUAGGUCGAUCUUUGCAUCGUUGUACAGAAAUAGUAUUUUGAAUAACCACUUUCAAAUUUAUGAAACUUAACUAGCUAGUUGGGAUUUGAAUAGCUAGCUAGGUAACAAGCUAACUUGUUAAAUGAAACUGAGUAUGGUAGCAGCUAACGCUAGCUACACAUGCUAAUCUAGUUUAGAUAUAGCUAGUUAGUCAAGGUGAUCCGAAGUAUAUAACGAACGUUACAAUAAGCUACCGUAGUUAUCUAAAUCAUAACUAGCGGAUUGAAAAUAGUGGAAUCCUAUCAAAGCACAGCUAGCUAGCGUGUGACGUUGUCAUUGUUUUGACAGCAGCACCAGGCUGGAGCGAGUUUACAGUAUGCCAGAGUUAUAGCAUGGAUCCAGACAGUGAGCCGGAUACACAACGAGCUCUCAGUUUGCAAUGGAAGAGCUAUAAGCUCGUCCAAGACCCAGCCACCCGGAGGGUUAACAACAAGAUAUACCGAUAUGAUGGGGUGCAUUUCAGUGUGCCGGACUCGGGGUUCCCCCCAGUGGGAGAUUUGCGGGACCCUCGACCUCGUAGAAUCUGGUCCAGGCACACAGAGAUGGCCCUGCCAGUGCCCAAGUUCAAACUGGAUGAGUUCUACGUGGGCCCCAUUCCCCUCAAGGAGGUGACCUUCGCUCGCCUCAAUGACAACAUCAAGGAACCCUUCCUGGCUGAGAUGUGCGCAAAGUUUGGAGAGGUGGAGGAGAUGGAGAUAUUGUUUCACCCCAAGACCCGUAAGCACCUGGGCCUGGCCCGCGUGCUCUUCACCAGCACCAGGGGGGCGAAGGACACGGUCAAACAGCUGCACAACACCUCCGUCAUGGGUAACAUCAUUCACGCUCAGCUGGACAUCAAAGGCCAGCAGAGGCAGAAGUAUUAUGACCUGAUAGUGAGUGGCUCCUACACGCCCCAGACUGUGCCCACAGGAGGCAAGGCCCUGACAGAGCGGUUCCAGCCCCCAGCGCCAACACAACCAGACACGUCGUCAGAUAUCAGGCGGAGACUGUCCUCUGAGAUAGCUGGCCUGGCUGCGGGCUUGGCUGCAGGGGUACCGGCUCUCACCCCUGGGAGCACCACCCCCUGCUCUGUGGACACAGGCUUCAGUGAGCAGCGUCUAGACACGACCCCCUCCUCCAUGGGGGGGCCCUACACCCCAGGCUCCUCCGCUUCCUCGCAGGGAGGAGGAACGCCCUACACCCCUCGCUCUGUCUCACAGGACUCGGGCUACGCUGUUGCCAGACAAGUUGGAUACAGUGCUGGCCCGUUGACCAGUGGCUACCCUCCCCAGGACAUGCUUCCCUCCUCCUCCUGUUCCUCCUCUACUGUCUCCUCCUCAGUCGGGGCAUACAAAGCUCCCCGGUACUCGGAGGACCCCCAUGCACCUCCUCAAGACCUCUACCAAAGGUGUCGCCCCACAUACCCCCCUACCGGCCCUUUUCGUCCUAACGAGCCCCCGCUCUACCCCACAUACCCAAAUGCUGGAGGGGCUGGACAGCACAUGGCACACCACCCUGCAAUGCCUCCCCCACCUCUUGCACCCCAGUACGAGCAGCCCCCUCUGGCAGACCGGGACAGAGAGAGGGACAGAGAGCGGGACAGGGACUCAGGAGGGCGGCACAGUGCCGGUGGGAUUGGCUCUAGAAGGUCAUCUUACCAGGAGGCCAACUCUUCCUCCAAGUAUUCCCACCACUCGCAUCACUCAGAGAGGGAGAGGGGCUACAGACGGGACAGCCUGGGCUCCAGAGAACACGGCAGACACCGUAACCACCACUCGCACAAUCACAGCAGCAGUAGUAGCAGCAGCCGGCGACGGAGCAGCCACGACCGAGACAGCAGGGAGAGGGACAGAGACAGCGACUACUCAAACAGCUCCGACCCCAGAUUCAACUCCAACUCCCACCGCUCCUCCUCCAACAGCCUGUCCCCGCCUCCAUCUGCCUACCCCUCCUACUCCUCCUCCAAAGACCAACCCCCUCCCCACAACCCCUCUGUCUCCUCCCGCCUAGAGCCCUCCUCAGUGUAUCGUGCCCAGCCUAGUGGUGCUGGUCCUGGGGAGAGGGGUUCUGUGUCUGACAAGGACCCCCGAUCCCACCACACCCCUCUGCCACCCCCUCCACCACCUCCCCUCCCCCCUGCCUCUGUGAUAGCGGCGGCAGUAGCAGAGACGCUCAGCGCCCUUGACUUUGGCCAGGAGAGCCCAGUCAGAGAGGAGACGUGGACCAAGCCCAAACGCCGGCCCACCACCCCACCUCCCCCUCCUCAGCAUCCCUCCACCCCUCCCUCUUCUCCACCCCACUCCUCCAUCGCUUCCUCCUCCACUUCACCCUCCUCCACCUCCCUCCCACACCAUCUCCCCUCCUCCACUUCCCUCUCCCCACCCCCCCAGCGAGACUCUUCCUCCCCGGAGCCAGAUUCCACCAAUGAGAGCCUGCCAUUUGUCUACCACAGCAGCAGCUUAGACUCUCGUAUUGAGAUGCUACUGAAAGAGCAGAAAGCUAAGUUCUCCUUCCUGCCCUCUGAUGAAGAUGAGGGAGAGGACAGAAAGGAAGAAAGGCAGAGAGAGAAGGUGGCAGCAGCAGGAGAGGGAGGAGCAGCAGGCGAGGGCAGGAGCAAUAAGCAGAGGGAGCAGGAUGGGGAGAAAGACAGGCGGAGGAGACAAGGAGGAGAUGGUGGAGGCCAGCAGAGGAGGAAAGGAGAGAGGGAUAGAGACGGCCGUAGAGGGAGGAAGCAGAGAACGGGGGGAGAGGGGAGGAAGAGUCCCACUGUAGUAGCACAAGCUACCCCCUCCUCCUCCUCCACCUUCUCUCCCCGUGUCCCCACCACAGAUAACCAUACUAGUCUCCAUGGAACAGGACCUCUGCAGGAGGAGGCAGCCCAACCUGAGCCUAUUGAUCCAAGGACCAGACAAGGGGCACAGACACCCCCCUACAACGGAAAGAGUCAGUCAUCCCCUCAUUCCUCUGGGGAAGACAUGGAGAUCUCCGACGAGGAUGAAGAACACACCAUUACAGCAGUGACCACCCACCACGCCACUCCUUCCUCCGUCUCUUCUCCAUCUUCAUCCCAGGCCCCCCUGCCCUCCCAGACAGACCCCUCUACCUCCCCCUCUGACCCCACACAGCACUUUGGCACAUCCAUGCCUGCUCCACCCAUCCCCUCUUACCCCCCUCACCUCCCUCCCCCGGGCUUUUCCCUGCAGCCCCCUCCACCCCCUUGCAUCCCCCCACCGCUGGGCCACAUGGAGCUGCACCCUGAGUACCCUCCUCACAUGCCCCCACACAUGUAUGACUAUGCCAGCAGUAUGGAGCUGAUGAACCAGUACAGUGGCGGAGCCCCCAUGUCCUUCCAGAUGCAGACCCAGAUGCUGAGUCGGCUGCACCAGCUGAGGAUGUCCUCUUCUAAUGGCACCGCUGCCCCUGGCGACGCCCCCCCUUCAGACUACUACCACUCCAUGCCCCCUCCCCCACACCCCCACCACCCCUACAUGGACCAAGAAGGGGGUGGCUAUGAGCAGGAUCAGCACUACAUGCCCCCCCACAUGCCCUACGCCUACCCUGGCCCCUCUCAGAUGCCCCACCACCACGCCAUCCCCCCUCCACACACGGGCUGGGCCCCGCAUGUCUUACCCGAACACUACGCGUACCACACCCCUCCGCCCUAUGGGACUAUGCCUCCUGUGGGGGGAGAGGCCCAGUACGGGGCGGAGGGGGACCCCCAAAUGCCCCUGCUAACAGAGAACCCCCACGAGGCCACAGUGCAGCUGGUGCUGGCCACCCUCAUCCAGGAGAUGAAGAGCAUCAUGCAGAGGGACCUCAACCGCAAGAUGGUGGAGAACAUCGCCUUUGGAACCUUUGACGAGUGGUGGGAGCGCAAGGAGACCAAAGCCAAGCCGUUCCAGACCAUGGUUCGGGGUGUGGCUGCAGUAAGGGACGAGGACAAGAAGGAGGAGACCAAGGCCAGCAGCAAGCCCCGGGAGCCCCUCAUGUCUCUGGUGGACUGGGCUAAGAGUGGAGGAAUGGAAGGCUUCUCACUGAGAGGGGCGCUACGACUACCAUCAUUCAAGGUGAAGAGGAAAGAACCUCUGGAGCUAGCAGAGGUAGGAGAGAUGAAGAGACCCAAGACACCGCCAGAGGAUGACGACGAAGACUCGUACCAUGACAAGGGUCUAGAGGGAAGAAUGGCAGAUGGGGAGGGCCACAGGGCUGAGAGGGACAGCAGGCGGAGGAAGAAGAAGACGAGAAGUCGUAAACCUUGGGACCUGGACAGCGAAGGAGAAGAGACUUCUGACGGUUCUUCUUCAGAUAAGGAGGAGGGAAGUGACAAGGGGUCUGAAGAUGAGGCCUUGAGUGCGGACAGCGAUGAUGAGAGCCUCUCCUCAUCCACAGAGAGUUCUUCCUCCUCAACAUCAUCAUCCUCCUCUUCCUCUGAAGACGAGGAUGAGGAGGAAGGAGAGCAGGCCGGCAGUGGACUGGACACCAUGGAUGAGUCUACGAUGGACAGCACAGCUCUGGACACAGAGAAGGGGGAUGACCUAGAAAAGUCUGCAGCUGCUGUUCCAAAGGCACCGCUCAGCGCCGAGAUCAAAGCUGAAAUUGCUGCCAGCAAGAAGGAUUCAUCAACACUCAGCUCAAACGCUCGUCCUCCAGCCCCCCGCCCGUCCUCCCCAAUUGACAUUGUGCCUCCUCUCAAGAAGCGAAGGAAGACCGUCUCGUUCUCUACCGGGGAGAGCGACUACAAACCCCACCUUCCAACUGUCCCCUUGUCCCCAUCUCCCUCCACUGCCUCUCCUCUCUUGUCCCACAUGAAAUCCCACCUUCCAGACUCCAUUUUCAUCGCCUCCAUACCUGGAACCACCCCCUCCAAGACUCUCUCACUCCUCCCCUUUGCCUCCAAACCAGGCGAAGGCAAUGCCCUCUCUCCCUCCCCUGUUCUCACUGUUCCCUCGCCUGUACGCCCCGAAGACUCAAAAAAGAGCCCUGUCCCUCUGGUGUCCCCCCCAAUCACCCCCACCAAGUCCCCCAACAAACGGGGGGCCACCCCCAAAUCCCCCCCUCCAGUGUGGGUGUGUCGCACCGUGCAGAACCUCCCCCUGGACCACGCUUCCAUGGUCAAGAUGGCCUUCGAGGAGGCCCCGCCCCCUGUCACAAAGGGCCGGGGCAGGGGACGCCCCAGGACUGUCAGCCUGUCGACCCCCACCCCUCCCUCCUCUUUCAACACCCUCAGAGAGGAGGAGGAGGAGGAGGGACUGCAGACGCUGAGACUCAGUGAGCAGCUGGGAGCAUCCAGCCUGCUACAGCUGGGCUCGGCCCCCACGGCUGAUCUGUCUGUCCUGGCUGAUGUGGCCCUGAAGCUGGCCCCAGAUGCUGGAGACUCAGAGGAGACGGAGACGUCAGACGAGGCAGAGGAGCAGAAGAUGGAGGAGGAGAUGCUCCUCUCUCCCAAAGCCCUCCCCCUGGUUAUGGACCCACAGGGCCUGUCUGCCCUGCAGGAGCACAACUAUUCCAAAGCCCCCUUCCACCUCAUCCCUGCCCAAAAGAAGAGUGUCUCCAAACAGGAGUCUGGGGUGCUCCUCCCUGCAGACUUCAACCAUCACGCCAUCUCUGGGGUGCUGGAAGCUCCCGAGGAGGUCAUAGGGGAACCCCUGCCCUCUAGGGACAGACACCAGGCUGAGUACCUGUCUGGAAUGGGGCUGCUGUGUGAGGAUGGAGACAUGGCCAAGGCCUUUGUGCUGACAUCUCUCACCCCAUCAGGCAAGAGGAAGGGAAUGGCGGUGAGGGGCAGUGAACUGGAGGAGAUGGGGAAAGAGAAGAACAAGAAGAGGAGGAGGAAAGAUAAGGAAAAUCUGGAGUUGCAGCAAAUGAAAAAGCAGAAGGAACAUCAGACCAAGAAACAGAGGAGGAAACUAGAGGAGGUGGACCUGGAGGAGGAUGUGGACGUGGAGCAACUGGAGCCAGGUGAGCUGUCUAACACGGAGGACGAGGAAGAGUGGGACGAUGUGAGGAAGAGCGAGCGCCUCUUCCUCCAGGAGGCCGGGUUGACUUCGUCGCAGCGUUGGCCCAAGCCCAUCCCUGCCCCGGAGCCCGUCACGUUUGACCAGCGCAGCGAGUUUGAGCAGAUGACCAUCCUGUACGACAUCUGGAACUCUGGUCUAGACAUGGAGGACAUGACGCUGCUGAAGACGACCUACGAGAAGCUGCUGCAGGACGACCACAGCACCGACUGGCUCAACGACACACACUGGGUCCACCACACUGUUACCAACAUCCCCAACCCGCGGCGUAAGAAGAAGAGUGCAGACGGGCAGCUGCGGGAGCACGUGACAGGCUGUGCCAGGAGCGAGGGCUACUACGCCAUCAGCAGGAAGGAGAAGGAUGUCUACCUGGAUCUGGAACUGCCUGAGCAGGCCCUACUGGAGGCUGCCGACUACGACGCCUCCGGCUCAAACCGGCUGCUGUCAGAGAGACGGUCGGAGCAGCGCCGCCUCCUCAGUGCCAUAGGCAUCCCUGCAGUCAUGGACUCUGACCUGCUCAAACUCAAUCAGCUCAAGUUCCGUAAGAAGAAGCUUCGAUUUGGCCGCAGUAGGAUCCAUGAAUGGGGCCUGUUCACCAUGGAGCCCAUUGCUGCUGAUGAGAUGGUCAUAGAGUAUGUGGGCCAGAAUAUUAGACAGAUGGUGGCUGACAACAGAGAGAAGCGUUAUGCCCAGCAGGGCAUUGGGAGCAGCUACCUGUUCAGAGUGGACCACGACACCAUCAUUGAUGCUACCAAGUUAGGCAACCUGGCACGCUUCAUCAACCACUGCUGCACUCCUAACUGCUAUGCAAAGGUGAUCACCAUAGAAUCCCAGAAGAAGAUCGUGAUCUACUCCAAGCAGGCCAUUGGCAUGAAUGAAGAGAUUACCUACGACUACAAGUUCCCUCUAGAGGAAAAUAAGAUUCCCUGUCUGUGUGGAACAGAGAACUGCCGUGGGACGCUCAACUAGAUACCACAGCAUGACCACUCAUGCAGCAGUACUCCAUUUCAGUCCCUCCUGUCCCCGCACCACAACCCCUGACUAUAACCAAGAACAAAGCCACACCCACCACCAACAGCCCCCCCCCAGACCCCAAAGCCCACCUGCUCCUCCAGACUGUCAAACAGUUGUCUGUACCAUAUCCAGAAAACAGAGAGAGACAUGCAACGUUUGCACUGUUCACACGCUUUAAUUUACCUGGGGUUCUGGUUUAUUAUCUUAGGGGCUGUGAGACUCUCCUUCCCAGGGGUGCGAUUAAUAAUCGGGCCCCUUCUCCUGUACCCCAAACCCCUGAAAUGCAGCAUUAGUCUCCUCUGUAGCAGGAUUUAAUAACUUAGGACCACUUGUUCCCGUUCGUUCAAGGGUGGACAUUCUUCUCCCCCCCCUGCCAACAGCCUUUCCUUGGAAUAGAGAAUGCAACCGUAACCUAUCAGAACUGGUUUUGUGUGUCUUGUCUGCCUCCGCACAGAUAGAGAGUGGUCCGGAAGCUUCCGCUAACCCAAGCCCUCUGCCCACACCAAUCCGCACAUAAACGCACAGGAUUUACAAACAUAUUCAGGGUUUUAAAGGCGUUCGUUCGCAGCGCAGUGUUGGUUACACACUCUAAUCCAUUGGGACUUCAGUUAUGCAAGAUUUCCAAAAAUGAAGAUUGUUAGAGCUUUGUCAUUUUAUAGUAUUGCAUAUUCUUAUUACUAUUCUUGUUCUGAUUUAGUUGCGCGCGCUGUAUGUGGGUGCGUGACUCCCCUCACCAGUUUGUUUGGAUGAGAGACCAUUGACUUAAAUAUUUGUUUUUCACCAUGCUACAUAAGAACAAAUCAUUUGUAGAUCAAAUAGUCUAUGGUGUCACAUCAGUUUAUCUUUAAAGCUUAAGAUAGCUGCUGAGUUUUAGUCUGCAGGUUUAUCUAAAUUUGGAAUGCUUUGUUUGUUUCCUUUACGUUGUCCCCUUUCCCCAUUGUGAUGUUGUCCCUCCUCACGUUAGGAAGCAGAGAAAGGACCUGACCCAUGUGUAUCUGUGUGUUUUAAGAGAAUGUAUUCUUACGAAAGCGAGUAAGUUUUUAUUCCUGUCGUGUGAAUGUGCUCACUGUCAAUUAGUAGUUUUGUGCUAUUGAACAACCUGCAAAUGUCAGGUUGUCUGUGCUUUUUGUAUGACAUGGUCAAGGCACACUGUCAGGAAAAAUGUUUCUAUGAAAUCUCCCUUAUUUGGCAAACCAUUACAGACAAAUCUGUUAAAAAAAUGUUUUUAAUUUAAAUGUAACCUUUAUUUAACUAGGCAAGUCAGUUAAGAGCAAAUUCUUAUUUACAAUGAUGGCCUACCCGGCUCGACACUGGGCCAAUUGUGCGCCACCCUAUGGGACUCCCAAUUACGGCCGGAUGUGAUACUGCCUGUAAUCGAAACCAGGGACUGUAGUGACGUCUCUUGCACUGAGAUGCAGUGCCUUAGACCGCUGCGCUACUCGGGAGCCCGAACAUAUCUCUGCCCCAUUGACCCCUAUACAAGUGUUGAGGUCUGUGUAUGUUGGGCUUAGUCAUUGAGUGUGUGUUCUGAAUGGUUUUAAAGGGUUAACUUAUGUGUAGAUCAUAUCUGGUAAAUCUAGUUUCUAGUUAAGUCGAUCUCGAGGGGUCAUUUUUCACUGUUAUUCAUGCUCUCUCAACUCAAAGCAGUCGCUGUCCCAAAUUUUAAUCUUUGAUUUAGAUGUUUUAAAUGUCACAAGGCCCCUCCAUGUUCUGUUCCUUCCACAGCAGAAAAGUUAUCUAUAUUUCUUGUGGCAACAGGUGAUUUUCAGUACAAACCAACCUCUAACUUUAAAAAUAAAAAGAUGGAAAAAAAGUUCAGACAAAUGUACAUAUUGUAGAAGUGUUUGUUUCUCGUAGAAACACACUGGUUCCAGUCUGUAAAUACGUUGUUCCUUUCCUACUUCCCAUGAGGAAAACUGUACAUACCUUCCAUUGUUCUUUUUUGUUUUUCCUUUUAAUUAGAUUUUAAUAUUAUUUGCAAUAUUUCUCUUGUAUUAAUGCGUUGGACUCUUUUAUUAAUGGUGCAUUAAAAUAUUUUUUAAAAAAAGUGAAAGCUUUGUUGUUUUUUAAGCCAUGGUUGAGUGUCAGGAUUUCCCCUAAGCCCCUAGGUUGUCUAUAGGUGUUGUUAUAUUCACUCUGGCUAUCUAAUGCGAUUUCAGAGCACUCUCGUCCAAGUGUGCCGGAGUGCAGAAUAACUGAGGAAUUUACGAAAGCGCAACAACGGUUGAAUGUGUUGGCAAAAAAGAUAACGUUCCUAGCCCUUUCAUGCGUGAGUUCCAAAUAUCUCUAACGAAACCAGAAACAUUAUUUGCCAAUAUCAUAACUGGAGCAGGACAUCUUUGGAGCUGAAGAAUGAGGACAGCUUUUGUAUGCUAACGUACACUCAUUAACAGUUGUACUGGAUGAAAACACAGCAAGAAAACACAUAUGCCAAUAUGUAAUAUUAAUCUAUUUUAUUGCAGUACUGGUAGUUGGUUCAACAACUUGUUUUACUAGAGGACAAAAAACUGAAUAUGCAAAACCCAUAUUUAAUAUCCAUGCAGUGACUGAACAACAACUGCAUUUCCACCCCCAUCUCUAAAGGCAUAGUAUCAUGGCAGGUUACCUGUCAAGUCACCUGUCAGGUCAGUCAGUCACUUAUUGCUGCAGAUGUGCUCAAUAAUGCUUGAGCAUGUGAUACUCCUCAAAGCAUGGUGAAAUACAAUACUUCCUGUUCGACCUGACUGUGCCACAGGCCCCUGUGCUGUUGGAGAACAGAUGAUGGAAGAGUGUGGGACUGCUGUACCAAUUGUCCACGUACAAAGUGUGUCCCUUGCCGAGAUGAGGAGCCAGCAUGGUCAUCACCACGGACCCUGACACCCCAAGCCCCUCAUAAUGUUUGAUGUCAGUGGUGGACCCUGUGUAAACUAUAAUAUCCUGGACAAAUCCUGUCUUCACGUCGCACAUGACAAAGAAAUUGACUCCAAACCUGUGCCUUUUGGAGGGAAUAUAUUGACGGAACGCCAGCCUACCUUUCCAUAACAUCAGGGACUCAUCAAUGCAUAGGUCCUUAUAUGGCACAAAGACCCGACCAAAUGCUGAUGUCAGGCUGAUAAGAACAUUUCUUAUUUUGUAUAACGGGUCACUUAGGAUGGCAGUAGCAUUGUUGACGAAAUGCAGGCAUCGCAGCAGAACUAGGAAGCGGUCUUGGGAAAAGAGGGUGGCAAAGGAGGGAGUUGCAAACAUAAGAUCUGUGCUCCAGAUUCAGGGUUCUCAAUGGCUACAAGGUUGGGGGGCAGCUCCUUACUGUCACUGUCAGAACUAUGAUUCCUGACUUUCAUACUCAGACUCAUUGUCAGAAUUUUACACAAUUAUUUGUGUAUUUACGGUUUUACUCACAUGUUUUCAAUUCUAGGUGACAAAUCAUGCAUUCCGAUUCUUGCACAGAUUGUAAUGGGCACAUAUUAUGUGUGUAAAAUACUUUUUUGAAGGUUGUACUGAUUAUGAUGAGCUAAGCUAAUUCCCGCUGUGUAGCCAUGUUUGUUGACAUACAAUGCAUUCUGGGUUUCAAGUCUGUUUGACCAAAGAUGUUAUAACAAAAUGAGGUGAGUAAGAGUUCACCAUUUUUUUUGAGGACUUCCGGGAAAUUAAUGGUGGGAUGUGAACAACGGUAGAUGACACACUCCUUCAACACAAACAGACCAAACUCAUCUCGUCUUCUCUUAUUAUCUUCGGUUUCUGUGAGGAAGAAAUGCAUGGCUGCUUGUGUUGGGUCAAUCUUUCCUCAGCGCUACGGACAUAACUCACAUUCUCCAAAUAAGACCCUUUUUACCCAAUUUACCAGGAAAGUACAGGAUUUAAGCAUCAAAUAGAGGCUUUUCUAAUUAUUUCAGGGGAUUUGAAUGAAACACCUGAUGCAUCUGCUGAUCGUUUUCCUUCUACAACGAGUCAAAGCCUUCAAAAUAGCAAUAUUAUCACUACAUUAUGCAAGGGUCUCUGUGCUGAGGAUGCUUGGCCUUAUUUCAAUCUGGAUGCAAAGGGCUACACCUGGACCAACAAAACUAUGUCACGUAAAUCUAGAAUAGAUUUAUUCCUAAUGUCCCCCUUUUUGUUACAAUUUGUUAUAGAUGUAGAUCAUCAGUUGGCUCCCUUUUCUGAUCAUCACUUGAUUUCCCUGAGUUUACAAGCUACUAAAAAAUCAAAAGGUACUCGGGGAUAUUGGAAAUUAAACAACACACUUCUUAAAGAUACCACUCUCAUUGAACACAUCAAAUCGUUAGCUGAAGAUAUUGUUGCAUUAAAAGACUUGGGUCAUGGAAGUAAUUUUUCAAAUAUAAAGUCAGAGUGGUAGUCAUUAAACGCGCCAAAGAGCUGAUGCACUUAAAGAACCAUAGAGAAAAGGAGAUGAUGAGCAAGCUUGACAGUUUUCUAAAGAAAGAUAAUCUAUCUGAAGAAGAGGAGUCUAUUCAAGUCUUUACAACUAGAAUUAGAACCGCUUUACACGGAUCUGGCAAAGGGUGCCUUUGUAAGGUCAAGAGCAAAAUGGAUUGAAGAGGGGGAAAGAAACACUAGUUACUUUUUUGCACUUGAAAAGAUAAUCUACAAAAGAACAUCUGUAACUGCACUCAGAAUUAACAAUGUUUUAUGCAAAGAUCCCAUUACAAUAUCAUCAUUUGUCAAUUCAUUUUAUGAAAACCUUUGCAGCUCUCAAUUUCAGGAAGAUGGUUGUGAAAGCUACAUUUGCCACAUUCAGAAUUAUGUCCCUGUAAUUGAGGAUGAUUUCCACUCAGUUUGCGAUUCACCUGUGUCAACUGAAGAACUUAGAGAGGCUCUGAAUUCAAUGAAAAAAGGGAAAUCACCUGGCCCUGAUGGCCUAUCAGUUGAAUUCUAUAGACAGUUUUGGGAGUUACUAGAAGACCCGAUUUUUUAUGUUUCAAGAUUACAUUAAAAGUGGGGGGAAUAGUCUCCACUAUAAAACAGGGCCUUAUCUCAUUGAUUCCGAAGCCCGAUAAAGACCCUUCUCUCAUUGACAAUUGGAGACCAAAUUACUUUAUUAAAUGUUGAUUACAAAUUGAUUGCUCUGGUUUAUGCCAAAAGUUUAAAGAAAGGAAUAGAUACCAUUAUAAAUGAGACUCAAACAGGGUUUAUGAAGGGCCGCCACAUAAGCUCUAACAUUUGUUUAGUCUUGGACCUUAUAGAUUAUUCAGAUGCAAUUGAUUCAGUUGUCAUGUUUUUGGACUUCUGUAAAGCCUUUGACACAAUUGAACAUGAAUUUCUCUUUGGGUGUCUUAAACUUUUUGGAUUUGGUGAAAAUUUGAUUAAAGUAAUUUGCAUGUUUUACAAAUAUAUAAAUAGUUCUGUAUUACUAAACCUUAAUACUUCCAAAAUAUUUAGUAUCAACAGAAGUGUACGUCAGGGAUGCCCAAUUUCACCAUUUUUAUUCAUUUUGGCUGUGGAACUUCUAUCUCUAGAUAUUACGAAUAAUGCAAAUUUGUAUGGCUUAACUAUUUUUAACAAAGAAAUCAAAAUUUCCCAACUGGCUGAUAAUACUACUCUUUUUUUAAGAGACAAACUGUCACGCCCUGACCUUAGAGAGCCUUUUUAUGUCUCUAUUUGGUUUGGUCAGGGUGUGAUUUGGGCGGACAUUCUUAUGUUUUGUAUUUCUUUGUGUUUGGCCAAGUGUGGUUCCCAAUCAGAGGCAGCUGUCUAUCGUUGUCUCUGAUUGGGAAUCAUACUUAGGUAGCCUUUUUUUCCCAUCUAUGUUGUGGGAUCUUGUCCUUGUAUGGUUGCUAUUGAGCCCUACAAGGCUGUACGUUUCGUUGGUUCUCUCGUUCUUGUUUUUCUGGUUAUCAUUAAAGAAUAUGCUUAACCUAC